AUGGCUCCUGGGAUGGAGGCGGAGUCGGCGGCGAAGUCGGCUGCGAUGACGGAGGCGGAGUCGGCUGCAGAGAAUCAUAAAGGAAGACCCAAAAGACACUGCUGUGAUGAUGGCGAGCAAGUCUUCACCACUUCAUCAAACCUGAAGAUCCAUGAGAAAACUCACACUGGUGAUAAACCAUACAGCUGUGAUCAGUGUGGUGCGGCUUUUACCCGACAGUAUCAUCUAAAGAAUCACCACCGUAUUCACACUGGAGACAAGCCUUACAGGUGUGAUCAGUGUGGAGUGGCUUUUGUCCAGAAAAAUCACCUAACGACUCACCAACGUAUUCACACUGGAGACAAGCCUUAUAGAUGCGAUCAGUGUGAGGCGACCUUUGCCCAUCAAAGUGCUCUAACGAAACACCGACGGAUUCACACUGGAGACGAGCCUUACAGGUGUGAUCAGUGUGAGGCGGCUUUUGCCCAGCAAAGUAAUUUGACGAGACACCAACGUAUUCACACUGGAGACAAGCCUUACAGGUGUGAUCAGUGUGAGGCGGCUUUUGCCCAGCAAGGUCAUUUGACGAGACACCAACGUAUUCACACUCGAGACAAGCCUUACAGAUGCCAUCAGUGUGGAAAGGCUUUUGCCCAGCAAGGUCAUUUGACGAGACACCAACGUAUUCACACUGGAGACAAGCCUUACAACUGCGAUCAGUGUGGAAAGGCUUUUGCCCAGCAAGGUGAUCUAACGAAACACCGACGGAUUCACACUGGAGACAAGCCUUACAGAUGCAAUCAGUGUGGAAAAGCUUUUGCCCAGCAAGGUGAUCUAACGAAACACCGACGGAUUCACACUGGAGACAAGCCUUACAGAUGCGAUCAUUGUGGAAAGGCUUUUACCGAGCAAUGUCAUCUGACGAGACAUCAACGUAUUCACACUGGAGACAAGCCCUACAGGUGUGAUCAGUGUGGAGCGGCUUUUGCCGAGCAAGGUACUCUAACGACUCACCAACGUAUUCACACUGGAAACAAGCCUUACAGCUGUGAUCAGUGUGGUGCGGCUUUUGCCCGACAAUAUCAUCUAAAGACUCACUCACGUAUUCACACUGGAGACAAGCCUUACAGGUGUGAUCAGUGUGGUGCGGCUUUUACCCGACAAUAUACUCUAAAGAAUCACCAACGUAUUCACACUGGAGACGAGCCUUACAGAUGUGAUCAGUGUGGAGCGGCUUUUGCCCAACAAGGUUCUCUAAAGAGACAUCAACGUAUUCCUCAUCUGGACCAGGAGAGAGAGAGAGCAGCUCUUUAUCAGGAUCCCCUGCUGAGCGUAACUACCCUUUGUUUCAUCAAGAAACACUGACUGGCCGGAUCAAACCACUUUUUCUUCAUUUACAAAGAUUCACGUAAGAGGCUGUUCUGUGUCUGGGCAGAGAAACUUAGUAACACAUUUUAAAAGUUAGUUUUACGUUGUGAGCCGGACUGGUGAUCCCGUCACAACUGCGCUCAUUAGUUGAGUGUGUUUGUUUAUCUUAUUGUUUUCUCCCCUCAUUCUGCUCCUACUACCACCCCCA